AUGUUUGCAACCCUUGAUAAUCGUUGCCUAAAAUACUUUUGGGGACGUUUAUGGAGCGAUACUCUAUUAUUUUUUUGCCAACGCUCUCAUGAUUCCGAAGCAAGUUCGAGAAAUCAAGCUUCGCGUAACAGCGACUCCACUCGUUUAUCGCUUACUCACUUCCUCGAUCGUAAACUGCACAACUCUUCAACAGUCCCUCAAACCGUUCCGGGGAAAUUGACGCCUUUUCAAUCACCGGCCAGUGAGCAAGAUGGAAGUGUCAAACUAACUGAAGAAGAGAGAAAGUCUGCAACUGCUGAUGAGAAGUUGAUUUUGGGAAUGUUCAAGCAAGAGGGCAAAUGUGACUUUGUUCCUCCGUUAGAUCUUGAUGAGUUAGGAAAUUCCAUGGCAUGUGAUGGUCAAGGAGCUAGGAAAAGUAAAAAUCCAUUUGAAGAUUUUUUGAGUUUGGUAGCAAGCAAGUAUGAGUCUUGCACUGCUCUUAGGGUUUCAUUGUUUGAUUUUAAAGUUGGUUGGCAAUCCUCUUUUCGGCCGAAUAUAUUGAUCAACUAUAGAUUAUUCAGAGGAAGGCAAAAGAGUUGUAUGUAUUGGAAAAAGUUGCAGGUCGGAGAUAUUAUCAAGGUGAUGAUGAAUUCAAUGAAUGUUCCUUCCAAAAGAAGUACACUGGAGAGGAAACUUGACAAGCUCAUACUCGCUCUCUUUGCAACACUCUUUAUGAUGUGUUUCAUUGGAGCCAUAGGCAGCGCUAUUUUUGUGAACAAAAAAUACUUCUAUUUACAUCUUGAUUCAUCAGAGGAGGGCUCAGCACAGUUCAAUCCAAAAAACAGAUUUCUGGUUUUUAUCCUGACUAUGUUUACCCUUAUCACACUGUAUUCAACAAUCAUCCCAAUUUCACUUUAUGUGUCUAUAGAGAUGAUAAAAUUUAUUCAAUCAACUCAAUUUAUCAACAAGGAUUUGGGAAUGUACCACAAUGAAACUAAUACACCGGCACUGGCCAGAACUUCAAAUCUGAAUGAAGAACUUGGACAGGUGGAAUACAUUUUCUCUGAAAAAACUGGGACCCUAACAAGAAACUUAAUGGAGUUCUUCAAGUGUUCAAUAGGAGUAGAGUUCUAUGGAAAUGGUGUGACUGAAAUUGAGAGAGGACUAGCAGAGCGCAAUGGCAUGAAAAUUGAGGAAAAUGGACCACCCCAUACUGUGCAUGAGAAGGGUUUCAAUUUUGAAGAUGCCAGGCUUAUGAGAGGAGCUUGGAGGAAUGAACCCAAUCCUGAUGCCUGCAGACAAUGUAUCAAUGAAGAUGUUGAAAAGGACGAUAUAAAUGAUGAAAUUCAAGAGGACGACAUAAAUGAUAAAAUUCAAGAGGACGACCUAAAUGAUAAAAUUCAAGAGGACGACGUAGAUGACGAAUUUCAAGAGGACGGCAUAGAUCUAGAUGAUGAAUUUCAAGAGGAGGAUAUAGAUGGUGAAUUUCAAGAGGACGACGUAGAUGAAGAAUUUAUGGAGGAUGACAUAUCUAACGAAUUUCAAGAGGACGAUCUGGAUGCUUUACUCCUAGAAGACAAACUUGAAUGA